CUUACUCAUUGCAAGUAUAGUUUUAGUGUUCCUACUGUAUUAAUUGUUUAACAGGUUGCUUUUUUUACUUGCUGUUCUGAUUGCAAGUCUUUGUGUUCUUAGUGUCAAUUACAGCUUUCAGCAUUACCAUUAUAACAACCACAAGCUCUGAAAGUUUGCAGAUUAUUCAGCAAGGUGAAAGGAAGGAACGAGUGAUGUUGGGAGGAGUGCCUCGCCCUAAAAUGCAAGUAGUCAACUUCUUUAGUUCGUGUUAUGAAGCGCUUAAGUUGUGAUUUUUCAGCAUUCCAGGG